AUGCUAGUUUUGUGUGACAUGUUUGUCUUCGUGGCUGCUCUGGAGACCGGUAGCAUUGGCGUUUGGAUCUAUCGCUUGGCCAUACGUAAUCACCGGCUACGCACUCUUAUUCGCUUCCUCAAAGUGGCCGAUAUUUAUAAUGCUGAAAUGGACCCGCUCUUAAUGCGCUUCGAGCGAACUUUCCUUCGUCUCGACGGCAACUUUCUGCUGCACAUGCUGCGACUGAAUGCUGGAGAAAUAGUGACACAGGACAUUUUGCAGGCCAUGCUGCAGCGCUACAAACAGCAGGAAGAUAUGGCACUGAAAGCCAACCAGCAGUUGAUGCAGCCAACCAAGCAGCUUGACUACGCGACUGAGAGAGACCAGAUAACGGCCGGUCUGAUCACACGUCAAGUGAAUGACUCGGAUUGCACCAUCAAAAAGCGUGCAGACACUUAA